UCCCCCCGCUGCGGCCGCCGGCGCCGGGCCUGGCUGGAGAAUGGGGGCCUCGGAGCCGCCGCCAGCCCCGCGGCCGGGCCCGGCGGCUCCUCCUGCUCCGCGCGGGGCCGGGCCCGGCCGCUUCGUGCGGUGCCUCUACCUGGUGGGCUUCCUGGACUUCUUUGGUGUAAGUAUGGUUGUGCCUCUGUUAAGCCUUCAUAUCAAGUCUCUAGGAGCAAGUCCAACUGUUGCAGGAGUAGUAGGAUCUUUUUAUGGUUUACUGCAGCUCUUUUCCAGCACGUUUGUGGGCUGCUGGAGUGAUGUAAUAGGAAGACAAUAUUCCCUGCUUGCCUGUAUCCUCUUCAGUGCACUGGGUUAUUUGCUACUUGGCAUGUCCACCAGUGUGUGUUUAUUUGCCAUUGCAAGGGUACCUGUAGGUAUUUUCAAACACACACUCUCCAUUUCAAAAGCUCUUCUUUCUGACUUGGUUUCUGAGAAAGAGCGCCCUCUUGUAAUAGGACAUUUCAAUGCAGCCUCCAGUGUUGGUUUCAUCCUGGGUCCUGUGGUUGGUGGCUACUUUACAGAGCUAGAGAGUGGCUUUUACCUGACAUCUUUCAUCUGUUCUUUUAUCUUCAUUCUGAAUGCUGGCCUGGUCUGGAUGUUACCAUGGAGUGAGGAACACACAGAUAGUAGUGAAAACGAACAGACCACCAGUAACAGUAAAGUGACAGCAAAGGCAAACUAUGACCUGCAGGUUCAAUCACUAGCUAAUGGAACAACGAAAUAUGCUACUCCCCUCCAGUCCCUAUGGAUUCCAGUUGUGUCAGUGCUGAAGAGGAUUAAAAGCAUUGCAUGCUCUGAUCUGUGGGAUAUAUUUUUAGUACGGUUCCUAAUGUCUGUAGCUGUAAUGCUGUAUUAUAGCAAUUUUGUUCUGGCAAUUGAAGAGAGAUUUGGGGUGAAACCUAAGCUCACAGGGUACCUCAUAAGCUAUAGUAGCACCGUUGGAGCACUUGCUGGUUUUCUACUUGGACCAAUAACAAGACUCUAUCAACAUAACUCUUAUGCACUUUUAUUACAUUCCACUGUUCUCACCUGUGUAUUGAUAAUGCUAUAUUCCACAGCACUCAGCAUAUGGGCGGUCAUUUUAUCGUCAACAUUUUUAGCGUUUUCAACCACUGUAGGACGCACUUGCAUCACUGACCUUGAGUUGACCCUGGGUGGGAAUCAGGCCAGUGGCACGCUCAUAGGAGUUGGUCAGUCUGUGACAUCUGUGGGACGCAUAAUUGCCCCUCUUCUCUCAGGAAUCGCACAGGAGUUCAGUCCCUGUGGCCCUCCAAGUCUUGGUGUGGGGCUGGCACUGGUGGCUAUUCUGAUAAUGCUCAUGAACACACCACGAUAUUGCAGUGGUAGAAAUGCUAAAUUAAAAAGUGAAUAGCAGCUUAUUUUGGACAGGCUGGUGCAUCGUCAAUAAAAUGCAAAGUAAUUCAAAUAACUGGGGAUACGUUAUACUAAAGAAUGGUGAGCACUAAAGAAACCUGUAUUGCAGCAACAGGCUGUUUUCUAAAAGAAAUGGUACAAGUUCAAGGGGAGGCCAGCCUGACUGAGCCCUCAGAUUCAUACAGACUUGUCUGCUGCAGGAUCAUACGUCAAGACAGGAAUGCUCAGAGCUGUAGGUCAGAGAGAAAUUCUCUUUCAAAGGUGCAGGCAUCAUUUAAAACCUUUCGUAAAUUGAGCGUUGUAUUUUCUUUGUGCUAAUAAGGUUGAAAUCCCUUCAAGAAAAAUGAUUCUGACUCUGAAUAUAUAAAUGGCUGAUGAAUAAUCCAGUUUGCAGCCCCACAUUGAAGCAAGAUGGUUAGACUGA